CCCCCAUCACAAAACAACAAUAAGUUCACUGCGUGCCUGGGGAUUACAUGCUUGCCUUCAAGAAAUUAGAUGAUGAUACUGAGCUCUUCUAUUUUACAUAACAAAAUAAACAAAGGGGUACACUUCCUGUCCCCCAUUCACAACGAAACACCAAUCGGCAAUGGUCGCGUGCGAAAAUUUGCAUAACAAGUGAUAGAUCGAGGGCUUAUAUUGGUAUAGUGUAGACUCAUUUGCAUAUGAAUAGUCUGCAUUCGCCCCGUCGUGUUUAAAGCAUUACUAAUCUCUCUAAUAGUCUAGAGUAUUCACUUCGCUUUCUGUCAGUUUAAGCUUGCCUUGACGACUUGUAUAGAUACUCAAACAUUCCUCUAUUAUAUAGUUAGUUGGCAUUUUAGUUUAGUAAGCAUCUAUUUUGCUCGAAAAAGUCAUCGAUAUCGUCGAUUCGUUAAAAGUGCCUUGAUCCAGACUAUAUUAGUUCAACAUGUGGUGGCUUGAGCGAAAGCAGAACCAGUUGUUCCUGAUAGUGAAUGGACGGAGGGCAUUCAGCCGAAACAGGAAUGUCGAGUUUCCCGACGUCAUCAGCAUGAUUUGCGUCGCUAACACUUCAUCUACUGAAGACAGCAUACAGGUCUGUUUUAGUAAUGGUCUUUCUACACAGGCAAAGUUUUGCCAAAUGAGUGUCACAAACAUGGCAAAGACUUUGAAAAAAACGGAGAACAGCCUGACCGAUGUUUUGUCAGUGAUGGCGAUCGUUAAUGACGACAUGAUCUAUUCAUUUCCGUCAUCAGAGGAAGAACUCCUUCCUUCUCAAUCUUACACACAAUCGAGGCAAAAACGUAGCAGUUCUGGAUCUAGCAGCGACGGAACUCCACCAGAACGUAAGAGACGAAAGAAGACUUCUGAACAUUCGGCGGAGAAUUCAGAUGCAGCAAUUGAACAAAAAUGUCAAGGCAUUUCUGAAAUCUCCCUCAAAAAACUUGUGGAGCCCGAGAAGGAUCUCCAGAGACCACGUACCAGGAAGGAAGUGAUGGAGGCCAAACAGUUCGUGAUGAAGGCAGCAACCCACUUCCAGAGCUCCCAUGUCCUUCCAGUCCUCGCAGUAGAUGGCCCUUCUGGAACAGCUUACCAGCUCCUAGGAGGGGUGUGCUAUGCUCUUGCAGCUAAGGAUCUUGUUGACGAUGAAAGAUAUGAACAUCUAUCUCGUGGAUGGCGCUGCAGGGUGUACCAAAACCUGGACAAGGUUGAGGCAUUGAGAGUGGCAUCACUGCAUAGGUGUGGGCAACCUGCUGUAGACAAGCCGUGCUUGCAGGAGGAGGUUGCUGUCUGCAGGUCAAUUCUAUACGAUGACAACAACCUUGAUGUGGAGGAUGAGCCCUGCACUAUGACUGCCUCGACAAGACGCAAGUGUUCCCUAGCCCUUGGGAAAAAUGGCUCCUUCAAUGCACUGAGGGCUCUCGAGCCAACUUUCCAGUUGGCUAGUUAUUCAAACAGAUGCUACAGGAAAGCCACUCUCCUUUUCGAUGCAACUAGAGAAUCUACUGGAAAGGAUUUGAAACAAUGUUGUUUCAUGAAGCUACAAGGACUCUCAGAAGAGGAGCGAUAUUCACUUCUUCUGGAGGCGACCUUGUCUUUGAAUGUUAAAAAGAUGAAGGCGGAUGCCGAUGAACUGAAGGCAAUGAAGAGGAGCGUGUUUGCUAAGGGAGUUGGGGCUAAGACGUGGGAAGAGGCGAUAGAAAGAUACCCAACCUUCACUUCAGAAGCAGCCCUGGAACCCUAUGUUGGUAAAAAGUAUACAAAAGGUAACAUCCCAGAGGUCUUCCUGGAGCACAUCAGCAGGGCCAAGAGAGACAUGGACAUGAAUGCAGACGACAUCCCAGCCCUUAUGAUACAAGAACUAGAAGAGGAUAUCCAGUUAUCCUCAACACCAUCGGCUACUACCAGAAUCUUCCUGACAAAGGACAUCACAGCGAUAUCCAAAGUGGUCAGCCAACAUACCCGACACGAUGUGCAUAUAUUGCAUAUUGUCCAGUCCCCAGUAGGAGAUAUUCAAGAUGUCAACCAUAAUGUCUGUAUGCAGUAUGGUAUUGUCGAGUCUAGGAGGAGGGGUGCUGGCACUAGCCAACUCUACAUGCCAUCAAGAUCAGACUUCUACAAAUAUGCAGUGGAGCAUUUCACUUCUAUUGAUGAAGUGGUUCUUGACGUUGGAGACGGACUGCUGGCAAGGGUUGCAGCAGAAUGUGGACGAAAUGGGAGGAUGGUAGAGGAGACAACACUGUCCAGCACAGAAAUAGAGGCCAUGAUGGGUGCUGCAGACUCGGAGGAGAUUCUAGAUGCAGAUCUAGUAUUAAGCAUGGACCAGACGUGUUCUAUACCUUAGUGCAUUUUGUUUCUCUCAUUUCCUCACCUCGAUCACUACCUCAUUUAGUUCUGAAAAAUAUUGUUAAGAUAUGUGACAAACUAACGUUUUUAUGUAAAUAUUUUUAUACAGAUAUGGCU